UAUUGCUCUGCUAAGUCUGCUUCAACGAGGUUCCACUGGAGCGUUUCCCCGCGAUAGCACUUGCACUUCUGUCAUGAUUACACAGCUUCAUCGCUCAAAUAAAUUCCGUGCGAGCCCUAUGUACACUUCGCCUAUAUGGCAAAGCCUCCAUCGCCCAUACCCUCAACUCGAACUCCGUCAUUGCGUGAGUUUGCGAUUCGGCUUACGAUUGUAUAAUGUCUAGUGUUGCAUCUUCAUACAAGAAGCAGAACGGGACGCUCAGUAUCUCAAAAGACAAUCGUGAAGUAUCAUGGAUACAAACGGGCGCGGCUGCACCUACUAUCAGGUUGCUGGUAGCGGAUAUAUCUAACCUUCAACAAACCCCCGAGAAGUCGCCCAAAGUUUCCAUCAAGAUAUUCACGCAGACUGCUGGUGCCAACAAGCCAGAAGAUUUUACCUUCUCCCUGACUUCAGCCACUACUGCGCGAGCAGACCAAGCCGCGAUAACAAAAAUACUAAGACAAGAGAUUGAGAAUAUAAGAGCCAGAAAGCAGCAACCUGUUGCCUCUGCAACAGUGCCCGAUGAUCCUGGUGCUCCUCCAGCCGCGUUUGCUAUCGCACAAGCGUUGGCUGUAAGUACUGGCUCGAAUGACAGCGCAUUCACGGAUGCCAAAUUGCUAGCCAAUUCUGAGCUACAACGGUCCUUAUUACAAUCGAAUGUGGACCUUAAACAAAGAUUUAUGCAAGCUUUAACGGACAAACCAGACAAUAUCUCAACACAUCAAUUCGCGUCACAGUUCUGGGUCACUAGGGUGCAUCUGUUACGAGAGCAUGCAGUUUCAAGAGGUCAGACCCAGGGCUCAUACAAUGUUCUCUCCGAGGUCAAACCCAAGAAUGUGGAUGGCACAAAUCGGCUGAAUCUCAGUAAGGAACAGAUUCAACUCAUAUUUAAGCAACAUCCUUUGGUAAAAAAAGUGUACAAUGAAAGUGUUCCGGCAAUGAACGAGAUGGAGUUUUGGUCCCGCUUCUUUGUGAGCCGCCUCAUCAAGAAAUUGAAGGGCGAAAAGAUUACGGAGAAUGAUCCGACAGAUCCCAAACUCGACCGUUAUCUUAGUCUUGGAGAUGGUGCCGAUGUGCCUGUGCAGCUUGAUGGCGCUCAUAUACCACGAUUCAUUGAUCUGGAAGGAAAUGAGCAAAACCAUAGUCAAAAGAGAGGAAAUGCGCCUGAUAUGACAAUGCAGCCUAACAAUCACGAAAAGGUGCCCAUACUUCGUGUUUUGAACAGUAUGAGCGAAAAGAUGAUGGCAGACACGGCGACAGCAAAAGGAGAAGUUCAUGGCCCUGUUGGUCUUGAUGAGGAGACUUUCAACGAAAUAAGACUGCGCGACCUACAAAAGGACUCACUCGACAAUCGAAUUAUGCUCAAUAUCAAAGACCAGAAACGCUUUCAUACUACAGAAGGGGGAGACCAUAGGUCUAAAGAAGCCAUUAUUUAUGCUAGGCAGAAUCCACAAAACGUUCUCGCGACUAUAUCCAAUGAAUCCAGGAGCCUCACUCGCUUCAACAGUCUGCACUCCGGAUUGGACUUAGAGGAGGCGCUAGGUAUUAAUGAUGAUAGCUCGAGCGAGGAUGAACAGCAUCAUCAGAAGAGAACAUUGCACAUUGGAAGCAAAAGUGGCCGAGCAGCUGCCACAAAGCAAAUUGUGGGCGCGAUUCGUCAGAAACGCGCUCAAACCGAUGAUUAUUCAGCGCCGCCUGGUAGCUUUGCACCAGUGCCCUUUGAGAAUACCGACCUUACCAUCGAGAUUCGCGACUCCCUUGCCCUCACUCACUCGACGACAAUCGAGUUUCUUCAUUACUUCUGGAGUGUGUUCCAUUCUGGUGAUCCUGAGCGUGCAGGCGAAGCUCAAAACAUGAUAGGGGCUUUGGACAAGUCUCUGGACCGGAUAAAAGCGAAUGCUAAGCAGGCUGAAGCAGGUCGUCGUGCGUAUAUCGACAGGCUGAAUGCGCAGCUUGAAGAGCACUUCAGACGGAGCGGAAAACGAAAAAAGCUAGAUCUUAGGCAAGCUCCUGGAGGAGCUGAAGCUGUCAAUGCCAUGAUGGCGCCUACGGUGAGAGCCAUCAAAGAGGCCUCCGACCGAUUCCGAGAAGAAUAUGAGUUGCAAAUCUCUCAAAGUAAGGCAGUGUCGUGAGGCAUACAUUGAAGGUCAGCGGACGCAGCCUUCACACAACGCCUUGAAGACCUUACAGAAGACUUUUGGGCUUCCAAUAACAGUACAGCGAUCUCAAGUGCAGAGAUUGCGCCUUGUGUUCCGAUUUACAAAGUCCUUGGAAUCGCGCGGUUUGGGGGCGAUGCAAAACUUAGAACUGUCCCUCAAUCGGCGAUGAGGUAUGACAGGGCGGGCGUGACACCUCGAUUCCCUGGUUGAUGCCUUAUUGCUGUUGCAGGAAACAAUCC